GUAAAACCAGUUCCGGAUCCGACUGCGAGAGCGAGCCCGGUAUACCUCUGAAGAGAAAGCAGAGAAGGAGCAGGACUACCUUCACUGCCCACCAAUUAGACGAGCUGGAGAGGGCCUUCGAGAGGACUCAGUACCCGGAUAUCUACACUAGGGAGGAACUGGCUCAGAGGACCAAGCUGACGGAGGCUAGGAUCCAAGUGUGGUUCAGCAACCGGAGGGCUAGACUCAGGAAGCAGUUGUCCUCGAGCACUUCUGGCGGCUACGUCAGUUCCGUGGCGUAUCCUGCCGCCUCGUACGUCCUGCAUCCUCCUGCCGCGCCUCACCCGCACACCGCUGCCACCGUGCCACCGAGUCAUCCCCAUGCUCAUCCCCAUGGACAGACUCUGCCCGACACCGCGUUCUCGUCGAGUCAAGUUCCAGAACUGUACUCCUCGCACCAUGGCAGCAUGUCUCAUCAGCUGGCAGCCGAGUCGUCUCGUUUGCCGUCGUCCGUUGGAUCGGCGUCCAGCUACGGGCUGCCGCCAUCCGUCUCGUACCCCAGUUCCUUGCUGCCAGCGACGUCGUCGACCAGCGGCAGUCACAUGGCCCACCAACCAUCCUCCGUUACGCCGGCAUCGGCCUCCGGUUAUCAGCAACCCAGCAGCCAUCAACUGCCGCCCACCCCGAAUUCGUUGGUCACGAUGAUGGGCCCGAAUUCGGGCAACUCGAACCCGUCGUCGGACCACUUGACCUCGUCGGACCUCCCCAUCAGCUCCGUGUCUCCCGUGCACCAGCAGCAGCAGCAACAACCCAGCCAGGAGAACAACGCCUCCCCUUCCUGGAACCUCCCGAUAUCCACCGCCGGAAGAGUCGGACUGCCGAGUCCACCGACCAGCCUGCAACAACCUCACGCGCACACCGCUCACCCUCAUCAGGCGUUUGCCAGCCAUUACGGUACGCAAGGGUUCCAACAACCACCCAGACCGACGCCUCAUCAACCGUUUUAUAGCUGGUACUGAGAGCCGGCGGAAGUUUGUCGACCACCGGACUCGGAUGAAACCGAUGUCCGAUGUAAAAUUGCCAACUGGCUUGGCGAUCGCCGGUCGUUCGUUGCUUGGACGCGAAUGCAGCAUUUCCGACUGAUCGUUCGACCCUCUUCUGCUAGGACUACUAUAGGUGAACGUUGUAUCGUCUUGUAACGGUCUCGCGUAACGUAACGUAUCGUCUCUGUGACGUAUUGUAUUUAUUUAUCGACAACUCGGGUCACCGUGAUCGUCGAGUCUACCGAUCGAGGGUUAAUGCAUUGACUUUCAGAUUAUUUGCCACAGUACUUAUCUUGAAAUUAUCGUUGAAGCUCGUCAACCUUGAUCAAUAACAGUCAGUGUGUUAAACGAUGAAACGAGCGAGUCGUCCGAUUCGUCGACGACUCGGUGUUUUCGAGGGAAUUGUGCAUCCGCGGUAGAUCAAAUCCUUAUAGGUAAAAUACUAUAAAAUACUCGGUCGAAUCGUUAAUUGGGGGGAUCAAAGAAAGCAACGCGAAAGAUGUUACAUUGUAUCGGAAAAAGCGUCAACGGAAGUGUCCUUAAGUAGUAAAUUAUUCCUUCGCGUAGACAGUAGGUAGACGUAAGAUUAGGUAUUUACAAUUAGACUUCGCGAGAGGAAACAACAUCUAAGACUUGAAUCUCUUAAGAUCCAGCAAGGAUACAAACUGAAAAACUUCAGCAAAUCGUGCCAGUAAAUUCAGUAUGUAUUUGUUUAAUUAUUAGGACUUUAAUAUAGUACGACUCUGUAAUAUAUUAGCUAGAAUAAUCUCUCUUUUCUUAAUCUUUACCGUUUCGAGGACAAACCGGUCCAGUGAUUGUAUUUAUAUAGAUUUCUUUCGCCCAAAACCGGUGAAAGAUAUCAAUGAUUAAUGACAGUUUGCUGGCGACUGUCUGCGAGGAAGUACGCGUAUUUCCUUCUUUGUAAUAAUAUCCUAAAUUGUUUAACUUUAAGCAUCUCAAACCAAUACUACAGAUAUUUCAGUAGACGAUGUAAAUAUUUCUACACUUCCUUUAUUCUUGGUUUUCGGGUAUUUCUCUUUAAGCUCUCAUUAUUUCCCUUUGUGCGUGUGCGUGUGCGUGUGUGUGUGUGUGUAUGUGUGUGCGAGUGUGUAUACAUUCUGACCAAAAAUGUA